AUGAAGGGAGAAGGAAAAGGAGAGGGAGGCACGUCGAUAGUCUCACAAUGCAGCCAAGUGAGCCAAGUCGCACAAAGCGACCGGGUAGGAUCUGCGAUCGAUCCAGUCGAGACCGUUCCGAAUGUCCUCGGAACUCGCGAGCGACUGGCUUUGUGGAUAAAAGUGGCAAUUAACACAGCGACAGUGAAAGAAUGUUCCAUGCUUAUACCACCCGCUCGCGCCAAUGCAGCUGUUCCUGGAAGAAUAUACUAUCCGGGUUGGUCGACGUUUAGGGAUGGACGUGUCGGAAUGUGGAUCUUUUCGGAAGGAGGAUGCGCCGGACGAGCGUGUGAGCUAUGUGUGUCGGAAACAGCAGAUAUCUUCGCGACAAAGAUUAUUUGUCAAAUUGAUUAUGUCAGAAAUGAUAAGCGGCAAUUUACAAAAUUAAUAUGUUAUUCAAAAUGAGCUGUAAAUAUUAACGCUUAACA